ACAGGAGACGGGGCUAACCCACUCACACUCACACUGUCCCCUCAGUAGCUGACUGACUGAUUUACUCAGUCCACACUCUCUCACUCCCACACUGUCUCGCUGCUCAUCUAGCCUCCCGCCGGCGAGCUCUCUCUUCUCCGGGCUUAACUUUUUCUAGUACUAAUGUCUGUUUAGCUCUUCGGUGCUAGCCGUGAGCUCGUACAUCAUGAGUUAGGUUAGCUCUUCUCUUGCUUGGUAAACAGUAAACAGAGGAGGACGACGGAACUCCUCAGAGGAGACACCGAGGGUCACUUCGACUGAUAGAGCGCAGCACGCUGGUGAACGCUUCUGUCUCGCGACUGCUUUGACAUUUUUUGAACAGAUCAAAAAAUACCUUUUCUAACGGACCGCUCGCGUGCGGAGUGUUUUAACUUUCCCUGAAGUUUCGCUGAAGCCAAACAGCGCGGAGGGGAUUUUUCUGUUUUUUCAAACUGCCGCAUCCUCCCCCUGCGGUGGGUGCCAUGCGAGGGGAGAUGGACUGAAAACACACACGGCUUCUGCGAGCAAGUGGCAUCGUUUUUGGUGGGAUUGUGUGUUUUUUUCCCUGGAAGGGGCUUCGGCGUGAGCGAGAAACAUGGAGGAGGACAGUCCUCAAGAAAACACGGAUCAGACCAAAGACUCGGACCGCCAGCUUCGCCUGAGACUCUGCGUUUUGAACGAGAUUUUGAACACGGAGCGGGAUUACGUGAGGACCCUCGCCUUCCUGCAGUCGGCCUUCCUGCAGAGAAUAAGACAGACUGCAGAAAACCAGCAGUGUCUGACGCCCGAACAUGUCAAGAUCUUGUUCUCCAACAUUGAGGAGGUCCUUGACGUCCACCGUGAGUUUCUCUCAGCGCUGGAGGGCAGUCUGCAGCCUGAGCCUCAACAUCAUCAUGCACUUGGACACGUCUUUCUCAAGUUUAGAGGCCGUUUCUCAGUCUAUGGAGAAUACUGCAGCAACCACGAGAAGGCCCUGAAGCUGCUCAUAGAGCUCAAUAAAAUACCCCACAUCCGCACCUUCUUAUUGCACUGCAUGCUGCUGGGAGGAAAGAAGAGCACAGAUGUUCCUCUUGAGGGCUACCUGCUUUCCCCUAUCCAGAGGAUCUGCAAGUAUCCUCUACUGCUAAAGGAGCUGUUGAAGAGAACCCCUAAGAAGCAUGCAGAUUACCCCACCGUGGAGGAGGCACUGCAGGCCAUGAAGGAAGUGUGCUCCAACAUCAACGAGACCAAGAGGCAGAUGGAGAAACUGGAGGCUCUGGAGCAGCUACAGUCACACAUAGAGGGCUGGGAGGGACGAAAUCUAACGGAUAUAUGUACUGAGCUGCUCCUUCACGGGAAUCUGCUGAAGAUCUCAGCAGGAAACAUCCAGGAGAGAGUGUUCUUCCUGUUUGACAACCUGCUGGUGUACUGCAAGAGGAAGUCCAGAGUUUCUGGGAAGAAGUCCACCAAAAGGACGAAGUCCAUUAACGGGCCGCUGUAUGUCUUCCGCGGCCGAAUCAACACAGAGGUGAUGGAGGUGGAGAAUGUGGAAGAUGGGACAGCGGACUACCACAGCAACAACUACACUGUGACCAACGGCUGGAAGAUUCAUAACACGGCCAAAAAUAAGUGGUUUGUUUGCAUGGCCAAGAAUGCCGAAGACAAGCAGAAAUGGCUGGACGCCAUUUUGAAAGAGCGUGAACAACGAGAGAGUCUUAAGCUGGGGAUGGAGCGGGAUGCUUAUGUAAUGAUCGCAGAGAAAGGAGAGAAGCUGUACCACAUGAUGAUGACCAAGAGCCGCCAUCUUAUCAAAGACAGACGGAGGAAGCUCAGCAUUGUGCCCAAGUGCUUCCUGGGAAAUGAGUUUGUAGCCUGGCUGUUGGAGACGGGAGAGAUCAGUAAACCAGAGGAGGGUAUCAAUUUGGGUCAAGCACUGCUGGAGAACGGCCUCAUCCACCAUGUGUCGGAUAAGCACCAGUUCAAGAAUGAGCAGGUGUUGUAUCGGUUCCGCUAUGACGACGGCACCUACAAAGCGAGGAGCGAGAUGGAGGAUAUCGUAUCGAAGGGUGUGAGACUCUACUGUCGCCUCCACAGUCUGUUCACACCUGUAAUCAAAGAUCGAGAUCACCACCUGAAGACGUUUAAGUCAGUGCUGCCAGCCAGCAAACUGGUGGAUUGGCUUCUGUCACAGGGAGACUCUGCUACUCGGGAGGAUGCUGUCACACUCGGGGUCGGCCUUUGCAACAAUGGGUUCAUGCACCAUGUUUUGGAGAAAAGCGAGUUUAAGGACGAAUCCCAGUUUUUCCGCUUCUAUGCUGAUGAAGAGACAGAGGGCACCAGCACCAAGAGCAAGCAGCUCCGCAAUGACUUCAAACUCAUCGAGAACAUCCUCGUCAAGUCCUUACUGAUCCAUCCUGAGGAGGAGGACUAUGGAUUUGAGAUUGAGGAGAAGAACAAGGCCAUUGUGGUGAAGAGUGUAACCCGGGGCUCCUAUGCUGAGAUGGCAGGAUUGCAGGCAGGCAGGAAGAUCUAUUCCAUUAAUGAAGAUCUGGUGUUCCUGAGGCCCUUCUCUGAGGUGGAGACCAUGAUCAACCAGUCCUUCUGCAUACGCCGCUCACUCAGGCUGCUGGUGGCUACCAAGAAUAAAGAGCUUGUGAAGGUUCCAGACUGCAGAGAUGGCCUGUCCUUCAAACUGAGUGGCUCCGCCCCCCCAUAUGUGUACGCCGUGAAGAAAGGGUCAGAGGCCGCGGCGGCGGGCUUGCAGCCUGGUCAGAGUGUGCUCAAAGUGAACGGCGCCAACAUGAGCCAAAGCAGCUAUGAGGAGGUGCUGGAGCACUUUAGCAGCUAUCAGCCUGAAGAGGAGCAGCAGGAGCCGGAUUGUGGUCAAUGGGUGUAUCGGGUGUAUGACGAUGUGGAGGAACAGGCGUUCAGCUCUUGCCUAUCUGAGAACGGUUCAGACGCAGAGGAAAACGGUUGCUCCAAUGGAGCAGACCCAGUGAGAGGCCUGGAACAUCUCUCUCUGUCUACAGACGCUCCGCUUGUCAAUCUGAUGGUAGAUAACAUGCACCUAGAACACGGCGUGGUGUAUGAAUAUGUCAGCUCUGCUGGCAUUAAGCACCACGUGCUGGAGAAGAUGGUGGAACCCAAAGGCUGCUUCAGCCUCGCAGCAAAGAUAUUGGAAGCUUUUGCUAAAGAUGACAACCAUUUUGUAACGAGCUGCAGUCAGCUGAUUGCUCAGAGCGAGCGAGUAGUGUCUAUGCCCCAGUAUGAGUUCAGAAACAUCUGUGACACUAAACUGGAGAGCAUACAGAAACGCAUCUGCAGUUACAGACAGUUUGCAGAGGAGCUGCAGAAUAAGGCGUCCCCCACGUUUAAGCAGGCCAGCACGAAGUCCCAUGCUCUGAGCUGCAUGGACUUUGUGCCCACCAACUGCCACUUAAACCUGAUGCAGGUGUCUUGCCCCAAGAGCACCACGUCAGCUGGCCGUGCCUUCAGCAUCCGCUUUGGGCGCAAAAACUCCUUCUUUGGCCUUGACCCGGACCAAGCCAAUCUGAACCCCAUGUCCCACACGGUGCACUGUGUGACCAGCAUGGCUGCCCCAUCCUGGAGCUGCCACGGCCUGGAUGAGGAGCUGGAGGGAGGGGAAGGGAACGUGGAUGUGAGCAGCAGGCGCACGCAGGGAGAGGGAGGCCUGAGCUUUCUCCUCAAGCAGGAGGACACAGAGAGCCAGGACAACUAUAUCUGCCUCUACAACCGGCUAGAUGUAGCCGUCAGAGAGAUGAAGCUAUACGUGGCUCAGAUCGAUGUGCUUUUGUCGUCUAUCACUGGGCCCAUCCAGCCUCAGAGCUCUGAGCCCCCCUCAUUUGACACUGUUCCCUCUGCAUCCCCCGGGCCCGAGGAAUCAAAUCAAAGCAAGAGAGUGUGCUUUAAAGUGAACGAAGAUGAUCAGGAGGACUCAGGACAUGACACCAUGAGCUACAGAGACUCUUACAGUGAGUGUAACAGUAACAGGGACUCUGUCCUGUCCUACACGAGUGUCCGGAGUAACAGCUCAUAUCUGGGGAGUGAUGAGAUGGGCUCCGGAGAUGAGUUGCCAUGUGACAUGCAGAUUCCCCUGGACAAACAAGACAAGCUCCAUGGCUGUCUGGAACAUCUGUUUAAUCAGGUGGACUCCAUCAACAGCCUCCUGAAAGGACCGGUCAUGAGCAAAGCCUGCGAGGAAACCAAGCAUUUCCACCCUGACCACAGUCAGCCAGAAUUCCGUCACACGGACGACUGGACAGCGCGCUGCAGAUACGUCCUACACAAGAACAUCCAGGAGGACCCUUGGAACCUGCCCAGCUCCAUCAAAAACCUGGUGGACAGUCUGCAUCGUUUUGUAGAAGAUGGGAGGAAUCAGCUCUUGUUGGCCUUGCUGAAAUGCACUGACACUGAGCUGCAGCUGAGGAGGGAUGUUAUUUUCUGCCAGGCCUUGGUGGGGGCGCUGUGUGCUCUGGCUGAGCAGCUGGUGUUGGCACUUAACCUGCGCUUCAACAACAACGGCGAGUAUGAGGACGACAGCAAGGAGGUCAGCCGCAAGUGGCUGGAGCAAAUCUCAGCCAUCGGAGUGCUCUUCAAUUUCCAGUCCACGCUUUCGCCACAUGUGCGAGAGGAGCGCACCAUGCUGGAGGAUACUAAAGCAGCUCUGGUAGAUCUGGAUAAAGUCACUGUGCUCUUUCGACCACUGGAAAACGAAUGCCUCGUCGCAAACACACCAGUGCAUUAUCAGGUGGAGGGCAGCCGACAGGCCAUCCGGGUCACUCUCUACCUGGACAGCUGUCACUUCAGUGAGCUGCCCACACGGCUGCAAAACGGGGGCAGCCUGAAGCUCCAUUCUGUGCUUUUCACUAGAGCGUUGGAGCGGCCUGAGGGAGUUCCAGCUCAGGACUUUGUGGAGAUGGAGGAGUUUCAGCAGCGGAUUAACGCUGUCUCUUUAGAGAAGGUCAAGUUCUACUACCGCAGACUCAGGGCUUUCUACCUGGAGAAAUCCAAUUUACCCUCAGACUCAAAUUCCACCGCCAUGAAAAUAGAUCAACUUCUCCGUCCUCUCAACACUCUGGAUGACCUAUGCAGGCUGAUGCAGACCUACAUGAACGUGAGGCCCAGUGCUGCAGGUCACCCAUCCGGGGUCAGUGUGCUGCUGGUCUCUUCAGAGCUUUGCAGCCGCCUGGGAGCCUGUAACAUCACUAUGUGCGCCACAGGCAUGCAGAGGUGCACUCUUACAGUCUCUCUGGAGCAGGCCAUGAUCCUGGCCAGAAACCAUGGCCUCAUGCCUCGCUGCUUCAUGCAGGCUAUGGACAUUAUGCGCAAACAGGGAACCAGAGUAGAAAUCUCUGCUAAAAACCUAAAAGUAAUGGACCAAAUGCCUGCAUUUGCACCAAGACUCUUCAAGCUGUGUCUACCACCAUCUGAUGGUGACCUCUGAGUAUGGCCAUGUUCCUCACUUCAGCCUAUUGACUGUUCACGUUAAGAGUAGGACUGGUGACUCUGGCACAUCAUGACUCGUAUAAAGGUCACGUUGUACCUUUGCCAGACAUUUCCGUUUUGCCACACCUCCGCUCACAGACAGUAUCACCAGAGGCCAGUUGAGCCCAACACAAGACUCUGGGAUGAUAGACUAGCCAGUUGCUAACAUUAGCAAUGCUAACCCUGGCUAGCAGAGUUUGCUCUCAUUGCAAUGACAUAGACUCUACUCUUAAUGUACUUGGAUUUUGCCUCUUGCUGGUGGUUUUCCCAAAACCCGUACUUACAUUUUUAACAGAGUUACUAAAACUACCUGUAAUAGACUGUGUUUCUCACUUUGCCUUUGACUGCAAUGCCAGUGGGCUAACUGGUUCAGUCUAUAGAUGACGAGGCAAAGUCUUUACUCGCUGCCUCAGAUAUGUGGUGAUUAUGUGCAAUUACUGUAGCUUAGCUUGUGCGUUCCUGCACUUUUCCUUAAUGAGAGUGUUCUUAAAAAAGGAUUGUUUUUAUCUUUGUCAGUUCUAUCAGGUAUUACGUUACUGAAACCAUUCCAGUCUAACCACCCGACAGUAUUACAUGGACCAAUCUGACACUGUUUAAGAUGUUUUAUUAGUUUAUAUAUUGAAGUACUUUAUUUUAUUUUAUUUUAUUUUAUCUUAUUUUAUUACAUGAUGGAGUUCCAUCAUCAAUACAUUAUUGGAUUAUGAGACGAUAGAAAAAAUAGAAAUGAAGAUAAUUAUUGGAUAAUCAAGCUAAAUAAAGUUGUUACAUUAAAGUUUCUCAAUUAACUGAUUGACACCCAGUAUUGUUACUGAAGGCUUAAGAUUUUUACUAAUCAGAACGUAAAGGAACGUAAAGAAACAUAAUACAUGUCUCUGUGUGUGUCUGGUUUCAGCACUUUCUUAAUGCUAAUCUAGGCCAUGUUAUAGUAGACAGCUGUUCUAGAGAGUAGCAAGUGUUUUUGAGAAGCACAAUAUAAAAGCUCAAAUUAUUCACAAGUGUUUUCUAAAAGUACUGUGCAUUUCUAGAUAUUAGAAAAAAAACAAAGGGAUCAUUGAAGGAUGGUUAGAUAUAGUAACUUUAUUGAAUUUCUGUUUUUUUGUGUAUAUACAUAUGUAUAACAUGGUCUAUCAGAGGGACAAGCAUAAUGGUAUGCUUUUUGGGGAACAGUAAUGCUAUAAUUUAAAUGUAAUUAAUGUUAAAGCAAAACAAUAUGGAAUUGUAAAUCUUUCAUUUUAUAUACAUACUGUAUAUGUGAAUAGGAGUCCUUAUUGUGUAUUUACACAGUGUUUUCAGUAUUUAAAUUUCUAACCAUUUCCAUGUCUUCAGUAGAGAUUUCUGGAGAAUUGGCAAAGUAAGAGUGCCCGGUUCCUUGGAAUAAGGUGUUGAUGUCCUAACUUUUGGUGCCUCAAAGCAAGCUCAAGUUAUUGCUUUUUUUGUUUUAUUUUUUACCAUAUCACAUGGCUACAACCUGCACAGGCUAACAAAACCAAAACUUUUGUUUUAUAUUGAGAUCUAAGCAGCCAUACAAGUGUAUUGAUAGCUUAUGUUGAACUUAUGUUAAGCUUUUCCUUUAAAUCCAAAAUGAAGAACCACUGUUGCAACCAACGUGUGGAAACACUGUGAUAAAGGUUUUAUCCAGUUUUGCAUGAUGCUGUGCUUUGUAACUCACAGUGCCUUUUAGAUAUGAAUGCAGAUUGGCUCCGUUAUUGUUAUAAAAUCCAUUAUUGAGACCAUUUCAACUUGAGCUUGCUUCAGAGAAACCAGGUUAGCAUGCGGUAACUGAAGUAUUUGGUUAAAAAAGCUUUGUUGGGAUGAGUGUCAUGCUUUUCCUGCCUUAUCACACCUGACUCAACUCAUAGGGGGCUUUGAAAUUAGCUGAUGAAUUGAGUCCAGUGUGUUACAGCAGGGAAAACCAGGGAUUGACAAAUGGUGUCCCAAAAUGUGGAAUCCAUGACUGAGGGGGGGGGAAGGCCCUGCAUUAGUUUAAAUCAGUAUGUAAUGGUGAUGCGCCUUUUUAACCUCUAGUAUUUGUGGAUGUUGGAAUGUAAUGAUAGGUUUUUAAUGAUUAAUCUAUAAUGUCAGUUGACUAACAAGCUAUUACGUCAGAGAGGUUUGAGUUAAUAUAUGGUCAAAAUGCUGGCUGAACUAUGUUGUCACUUACCCAACACAGCAAUACUGUAUGUUGUACAAACAUUUUCAGAUUUUAUUUUAUUUUACCCCCUAUUUACAGCUUCUGCAUUGCACUGUCACAUCAGUUCAGAAAUUAAAUUCUAUCAUGGUUGUAACCAGUAUUGUAGUAUCAUACAUCAUGACAUGACUGAUGUUGUUUGGAAGCAAUUAAUGUACACAUCAUCACAUCAUCAUAUACUGACUGCAUGCUUUCAGUGUCUUUUCACCUAUAGUGAAAACUUGACUAUAGUGGAAUCCAAAGAAGUAGCACUAGCAGUAGCACACUGUAGAAGAAAAUAUAUUCUCAGGUUUCUAAACCUUUUUGGUCAGUAAAUGUGAGGUGAACUGCCCGUUUUGAGAAAUAUUCUGACAUGACAUCAUUUAGAAGUUUUGUUUUUUUUUUCUGUUUAUUUUACAGUUUGUACAGUGGUCCAUUACAUUACCUUGAUUCUAAGUGUACUUUUACUCAAAAGUCAGCUGUUUCUUUUUGGUGCUUAAUGAUAAAAUGUCUUUUGGGGCCUUAAUGGUUGUAUUUGUUGGAUUGUGAACCUUUUCCGUUUUGCAUGUAUUGAUUGUAAGUGUUACUUAGUCUACAAUUUGAUUCAGUUCUUAGUUCUUGAUUCCCCCUCCCAACCUCAACCCAGCGCCCCAUUUUUUAUAAACCAGAGUUUCAUGUAAUGUAACUCUUUCUAUAGUACCCAGCAGAUUUCCUCCAGAAACAAUUUAAAUCAUCUCAAGCUGAAUCAGAUGUCCCUUAUCUGUAAGUUCAUGGGGUCUUUUGUCCCCAGAAGGUUGACAGUGUGCACUUUUUAAUUAGCUUGGUGGGGUUGCAGUUCUGUGCUCAUCCCAGCUUCUGAAUUAUUGCUAAACAAACACAGUCAUCACUAUUAACUCAAGCCCCAUUACUUACCAUUAAAAUACUGUAAAACAAUAUCAGAGCUCUUGCCAAGUUGCUCUGUCUUAACAAAAAAGCAUUUUGUUAUUUGGUUACCUGUGGCUGAACCCAAACCAAGACUGAUCAGAAGUUUAGCUUUCAAUCACACUUAGGGCAGUCAGUCUGAAUCUUUUGACCUGUAAGGUGCAUGGUGCAAAUAUACAUGUUGAAAUGAGUUAUAUUGCAAUUUUGCUCUUGGCCUGUUCCCAUUGUAAAAGUUUAUUAUAUCUUCAUGCUUCCCCAAUGCACAUUAAACCUGGCACUGUAUCUUCCUAAUUACUGACCAUGUGAUGCUGUUGAUGUCUGGUUGGGUGGUAGGUUGGAGCAGCAACUCUUCAGUCUGAGAGUGGGAGACUGCAUUCUUAAGAACUCUUGAACAGAGAAACUUGGCACCAUUAAGAUUUCAGCCUGAGUCCUGCAGCACUGCUUUUAGUCCUGCUCGGGUGCAGCUCUUCAGACUUUUCUUACUGACCAUUAAACAUACCCCAUGCUUGGUUUCUUUUAGGCAUUGUAAGCUUACAUCUAUGGUGUACUGAAUGCAUUGCUAAUAUCAAAAACUGUAAUAAAAGUGUCUGUUUAUAAACA